CAAACGUCGAGUGUUUAAAAGUGACCCAAACAUGGCUUUAAUUUGUGGGCUAUAUAUAUGUAUAUGGAUUUGUCAUAUAAGCAAAAAACACAAUGUGGCUGGCUUAUCUCCUUGGCACAAGUGUUUCCCUUAAACUCAUCCAAUAGACGCCCACUCCUAAAUCCUUCAAUCUUACUCCAUUUUCUUCACUUUCAUUUUCGCUUCGUUAUUUUUUUUUCUUUCAUUUUUCAAAUUAAUCCCAUUUCUUAAAACAAUAAUCAGAAGAAAAGGGAAAAACAAAAUCCCAGUUUCAGUCUCAGAGUUCCAAGAAAUCCGGAAAUCUGCGUAUCUAUUCAAGACUCGUUCCAGCGAACUCUGAAUCCAUUUCCAGAUCCAAAUCCAUUGUGUUCCAAAGUAAAAAGAAAAGGAGGAUUAAGUUAAUACUAAAAAAAAUUGAAUAUUAUUUCAAUAAUAAAAAGAGAAAAAUGAAAGUGGCGGUGAUAGGAAGUGGAAUCAGUGGAUUAGGAAGUGCCUACGUUCUUGCUUCUCAAGGAGUCGAAGAGGUUGUAUUGUACGAGAAAGAAGAAUCAUUAGGUGGUCAUGCUAAAACGGUGCGUUUUGAUGGCGUUGACUUGGACCUUGGGUUCAUGGUCUUUAAUCGUAAGAAGAACGCUUUGAAUCCUUAUUUUUGGCAGAUGAUCAGAGAAAUCGUUAAAUUUAAAGAAGACGUUUUAAAAUACAUUGAAGAGCUCGAGGCUAAUCCUGAUAUUAGUCGAAACGAAACCUUAGGAGAGUUCCUCAAUUCCCGUGGAUACUCUGAGUUGUUUCAGAAUGCUUACUUGGUUCCGAUUUGUGGUUCAAUAUGGUCAUGUCCAUCAGAUGGUGUCUUAAGCUUCUCUGCUUACUCUGUUCUUUCGUUUUGCUGCAACCACCAUCUUCUUCAGAUUUUUGGGAGGCCACAGUGGCUAACUGUUGCAGGACGUUCUCAGACUUAUGUUGCAAAGGUUAGGGCAGAACUGGAGAGACUAGGAUGCAAGAUCAAAACAAGCUGCGAUGUAAAAUCUGUUUUGACAUCUGAGGAUGGUUGCGUCACUGUAACAAGUGGAGAUGGAUCGCAAGAAGUAUUCGAUAGGUGCAUAAUGGCUAUGCACGCUCCAGAUGCUCUGAGACUGCUUGGUGAACAAGUCACAUUUGAUGAAACUAGGGUUCUUGGUGCUUUCCGAUAUAUUUACAGCGAUAUAUAUCUCCAUCACGACACUGAUUUGAUGCCACGGAAUCAAGCAGCUUGGAGUUCUUGGAAUUUCUUAGGGAGUACGGAAAAGAAAGUAUGUGUAACAUACUGGCUCAAUAUACUUCAGAACCUUGGGGAGAAAUGUGAACCGUUCUUUGUAACACUAAACCCUGACCAGACCCCAAAGAAAACAUUGCUCAAAUGGACCACUGGUCACCCUGUGCCUUCAGUUGCAGCUUGGACAGCGUCACAGGAGCUUCACAAGAUUCAAGGAAAGCGUAACAUAUGGUUCUGUGGUGCUUACCAGGGUUACGGUUUCCAUGAAGACGGACUAAAGGCUGGUAUGGCGGCUGCACGAGGUUUGUUAGGGAAAGAGACCGCUCUUUUGAAUAACCCGCGACAUAUGGUCCCUUCCUUGACAGAAACAGGGGCUCGGCUUUUCGUUACUAGAUUCAUGGGACAAUUCAUAUCGACUGGUUUUGUAACAAUACUAGAAGAAGGAGGAACGAUGUUCACGUUCGGGGGAAAAGAUUCUACUUGUCCUUUGAAAUCUGUUCUCAAGAUUCACAGUCCUCAGUUUUACUGGAAGGUUAUGACACAAGCGGAUCUAGGACUUGCAGAUGCUUACAUCAAUGGAGAUUUUUCUUUCGUUGAUAAAGAUUCAGGACUUUUGAAUCUGAUUAUGAUUCUCAUUGCUAACAGAGAUUUGAGCUCACCAAAAUCAAAUCUUGCCAAGAAAAGGGGAUGGUGGACACCGAUGUUUCUAACUGCUGGUUUAGCAUCUGCAAAGUAUUUUCUUAAGCAUGUCUCUAGACAGAACACUUUAACUCAAGCCCGCAGGAACAUUUCUCGUCACUAUGACCUUAGCAACGAGCUUUUUGGUUUAUUCUUGGAUGAUACCAUGACUUACUCCUCCGCAGUAUUCAAGUCAGAUGAUGAGGAUCUGAAAACUGCGCAGAUGAGAAAAAUAUCUCUUUUGAUUGAAAAGGCGAGAGUAGAGAAGAACCAUGAGGUUUUGGAGAUUGGAUGUGGAUGGGGAACUUUGGCCAUAGAAGUAGUGAGAAGAACUGGAUGCAAAUACACUGGCAUUACACUAUCUAUUGAACAACUUAAAUACGCACAAGCCAAAGUGAAAGAAGCUGGACUUGAGGAUCGGAUUACGUUUAAGCUCUGCGAUUAUCGACAACUAUCUGAUGCUCACAAAUAUGAUCGGAUUAUAUCUUGCGAGAUGCUAGAAGCGGUUGGACAUGAGUUCAUGGAGAUGUUUUUCAGUAGAUGUGAAGCUUCGCUUGCACAAGAUGGCCUCAUAGUCUUGCAGUUCAUAUCAAUACCUGAAGAGCGUUACAAUGAGUAUAGACUAAGUUCAGAUUUCAUAAAAGAAUAUAUAUUCCCUGGUGGAUGCCUUCCUUCUUUAGCUAGAGUUACUUCAGCCAUGUCCUCUUCUUCUAGGCUAUGCAUUGAACACGUUGAGAACAUUGGAAUUCAUUACUACCAAACAUUGAGAUUGUGGAGGAAGAACUUCUUGGAGAGACAAAAACCAAUCAUGGCUCUUGGAUUUGAUGAUCAAUUCAUAAGAACAUGGGAAUAUUAUUUUGAUUAUUGUGCAGCUGGUUUCAAGACUCUUACCCUUGGAAACUACCAGGUUGUCUUCUCUCGUCCAGGGAACGUAGCUGCAUUCACUGAUUCAUACAAAGGAUUCCCUUCUGCUUACUAUGUCUCCUGAGAGCAACAACACUAGAUUGCUUAUAUUUUUCAUAUACAAUCGAAGCUGAAAUACUAGUACGAUUAUUUGUUUGUUUGGUGUGCUACAUGUGAUAAGUUUGAUGAAUGAAACAAGUGUUACUCUGAAAGAAAACUUGUGAUCAGACCUGGUCCAAUUAAAAUAGUUGUCCAAAGCUAUAAAAGAAGAAAAUGUAAAAUUUAUUUAGUUUUUUAAAAUUUGUGGCCUAUUU